AUGAUUGAAGCUGUAAAAGCAGUAAGAGAAAAGAAAAUGGGUUUGAAAAAAGCGGUCAAGCUUUAUAAUGUUCCAAAAACUACUCUGCAAAGGUUUGUGCACAGUGACCAGCCUCCCGAUGAGGUUGUAAAUACUACUAUAGGAAGAAGACCUGUCCUGCCAUCUCACCUUGAAGAAAGCCUUGUGUCAUACCAUCUCGUUAUGGAAAGUAAAUUCUAUGGCUUGACCCGUCAGGAUGUUCGUAAAAUGGCCUAUCAGUUUGCUGUGAAAAAUAAUGUCGAACAUUCGUUUAGAAAUAACAUAGCCGGUCGAGCUUGGCUUGAUCAUUUCUUAUUACGCCACAAAGAUAAGCUUUCUAUUCGAUCACCAACAGAAACUUCCAAUGCUCGGGCUCAAUGUUUCAAUAAAGAAGCAGUGGAUAAGUUCUUUGACAUCCUUGAAGAAGAAUUCCAAAAACAUAAUUAUCCACCAGAGAGAAUCUUUAAUGUCGACGAGACCGGGCUAUCUAUCGUGCAGAGUAAAAUGGUUAAAGUAAUUGGUCUGCGAGGGAAAAGACAAGUAGGUAGCAUUACUGCGGCUGAACGUGGAUCAUUGGUGACAGUGGUAUCAGCGAUGAGCGCAAGUGGCAUAUUUAUUCCACCACUGCUGAUAUUCCCACGCAAAAACAUGACGCAAACGUUGAUGAAAGGAACUCCACCAGGUUCUAUCGGAAGAUGCCAUCCAUCAGGAUGGAUUCAGGCAAAUCUGUUUACGGACUGGUUCCAUCAUUUUAUUGAAAAGACCCACCCAACAGAAGCAUCACCUGUUCUGUUAAUUCUUGAUGGGCAUUAUUCACACACACGCAAUUUGGGUAUUUUGAUGGCAGUUAGAGCUAAUAAUGUCACAAUUAUUAGUUUACCUCCACAUUCAACACACAAGAUGCAACCUCUUGACCGGUCUUUUAUGGGUCCCUUGAAAACUUAUUACAGCGAAGAAAUUAGACAGUGGUUACUCAAUUCUAACCGGAUGUUGACUCCAUACGAAAUAGCUGAAUUGCUGGGACGUGCUUAUCUCAGGUGCCAAACUGGAGCUAUUGCUGUGAAUGGGUUCAGAGUAACUGGUAUUUAUCCCGAUGAACAGAAACGUAUUUACUGA